GUGUCAAAUCAAACGAAUAAUAAAUGUCAAAACAUUAGAAUUCAUAUCGAGACGGUGGGUGUUUCAUUAAAACCAUAGACACCAAUAAUUUCAACUAAAAUUUUAUUUUGAACGUCGUAUUGGCUGUAUCAUGGAAAAUAACAGUGAUCCAGAAACCGAAAGCACAGAAGAAGAAGUCGAACCAAAAUUGAAAUACGUCAGAAUAUCAAAUGAUUUACAGAACAUAUUAAGCAAAGAUGCUGUCAGUUGCAUUGCUGUACAUGCCAGGUUUCUUUGCUUCGGAACACAUUGGGGAGCCAUCCAUUUGCUGGACCAUCAAGGGAAUAUCGUUGACACACCAAUCAACAAACAAACGUCUCAAAUACACAUGGUGUCAGUGAAUCAAAUAUCGGUCGACAGUAAGGGGGAAUACAUUGCAUCGUGUUCGGAUGGAAUGGCCAUAAUCCAUGGACUUUACACCGACGAAAAUAAUCAGAAAUUAAAUAUUGGUCGGGCCGUCAAAUCGAUAGCAAUAGAUCCGUUCCAUUACAAGCCAGGAUCUGGAAGAAAGUUUAUUAUCGGCGACAACAAACUCACCCUCUACGAAAAGACGUUCAUCAAAGGCUUGAAAUCGACGGUGUUAAAUGAUUCCGAAGGUGCUGUAUCGGCCAUUGCAUGGUCUGACCAGUUCGUUGCGUGGGCUAGUGCUAUCGGUGUACGAGUACACGAUUUGAAUGAAAAGUGUUCGUUAGGUCUCAUCAAAUGGCAAGAACCGGAAAAUGUUUCGUUGAUCAAUUAUCGGUGUAAUUUAAAGUGGGCCAAUUCAAAGACAUUGCUAAUCGGCUGGGUGGACACAAUACGGAUUUGUGUGGUGCGAAAACGUAAUUCCGUUGAGGUGUCCACUAGAGACUUGCCUGGUUUCAUUGUUGAUCCAAUUUCAACAUUCCAAACCGACUUUUUUGUGUGCGGAGUGGCGCCAUUGCAGGAAAACCAAAUUGUGGUGUUGGGCUAUCCAAAGGAACGGGAUGAAGAGAGUAACAAAGCUUUAAGGCCGGUGUUGUAUGUUAUCGAGUACAAAACUAGUGAUUAUGUGGAAAUAUGCACGGACAGUUUAUCGCUUCGAGGCUAUCAGGAGUACAAGUGCAACGACUACCAUUUGGACUGUUUAAUCGAAGAGAAUCAGUAUUUCAUCGUGUCGCCGAAAGAUAUUGUAGUAGCAAGCUUAUACGAAAAUGAUGACCGGAUACAGUGGCUUAUCGAACAUGGAAAAUAUGAUGAAGCAAUGGAAGUUAUAUCAGCGCAUGGUGGUCGUUAUUCUAUAGUCAGUGUGGCCCGGUUAUAUCUAGAUCAUCUUUUAGCUCUAGGCCAAUAUGAAAACGCUGCAAAAUUAUGUUUACGGGCAUUCGGAAACGAUAAACAACUUUGGGAAGAGGAAGUGUACAAGUUUGUGAGAGCGAAACAACUACGAUCGGUCAGUAAAUACCUGCCGCGAACAAGCGAAUGCAAACUGAAGCAGCAUGUGUACGAAAUGGUCCUGUACGAAUACUUAACGUUAGACGUAUCUGGAUUUCUGAGUCUGAUCAAGGAAUGGGAACCCACUCUUUACAAUACAUCCGCUGUCAUAAAUGCGAUUCACGACAAUUUCGACGAAUCGGUCAAAGAUAUUUUACUGGAAGCCCUAGCAAUAUUGUACUCGUAUGAAAAGAAAUAUGAAAAAGCUCUGUCGAUGUAUCUGAAGCUGCAGCACAAAGAUGUUUUCGUGCUGAUCAAAAAGUACGAUCUGUAUAACGACAUCCAUCGAAUGAUUAUUCCGUUGUUCCAGUUGGAUAAAGUGAAAACAAUAGCCAUGCUCAAAGAGAAAAAUAAAAUUUCAUCCGACAUUGUCGUCCAGCAGUUAGAACCGAGACAAGACUUCUUAUUUGCCUAUUUAGAUGCAUUGGAUGUGGAACAGUCGGGCCGUUAUCACUCGAAAUUGGUCAAUCUGUACGCAAAAUACGAUUCGAAGAAGCUGUUAUCCUUCCUGAAACGUUCCAACAACUAUCCGAUACAGGAGGCUUUAGACAUUUGUAAACGGGAAUUUUUCUACGAGGAAAUGGUCUACUUGCUGGGACGAAUGGGGAAUACAUCGGAAGCUUUAUCGAUUAUCAUUCAUAAAUUGAAGAACAUUCAGACGGCUAUCGAUUUUUGCAAAGAACACGACGACAUGGACUUAUGGAAUGAUCUAAUUAAUCAAUCGUUGGAUCGACCUGAUAUUAUGACGAAACUUUUAGACGGGAUAGUUGGCUUUAUAAAUCCGGAAAUUUUAAUCAAUAAGAUCAAAAUGGGGCUGGAGAUACCGAACCUAAAGAAUUCGCUGGUGAAAAUGCUGUGUGAUUACAGUUUGCAAGUGUCGAUUCAAGAUGGUUGUAAUAGUAUAUUGGUUACGGACUACUUCGGUUUGCACGAAAAACUGACCCGUCAACAACAAAGAGCUGUGUAUUUGUCGAACGAUCAUACCUGCGGACUGUGUCGACAAGAUAUUAUCGUUAAAGAUCCGUUGAAGACCGACGUAUUGAUAUUCAAUUGUCGCCAUUAUUUUCAUGAAAAUUGCCUGCCGGAUAAAUUUAUAGAUUUUUGUACGAUAUGCAAAUCAAAGAAACAGUAGUGACGAGAUGACGUGAUGUUCAGGACAUUGAAAGCUUCGUAAAAUUAUAUUUUAAUAUUUAUUAAAUGUUCAGCGCGAUGAUAUUUUCUAUACUGAAAA